AUAAAAUCGAGGAAGUCUGCUUUAUCUGAGUCGCCUGUAGAAUUAAUUUCUAGUGGAGCAGACAGACUUUAAGGAGUAUGACUUUUCUCACUCCAAUCCAAUCUACAUUAAUAUCUUUUAAUAACACACCAACCAAUCACAUGCAAAGAAACAAGAAAAUUGCAUGUGGGCCAAUAUUUCCACUUCAUCACCAUCUCCAAAAAUCUUAAGCUAGUGGCAAAUGAUCUAAUUUCCACCAAACUCUGCAAAUGGCAAUGGCUGCAAGAUCAAGUCAAAUGAUUUCUUGCAAUUGGUGAAAAUCAAGACAAGAAGCCAAGAGAGGUGAAGAGAAGUUGUUCUGCUCUUCUUCUUCUUGCUCACUCCAAAACCAACCUUAAUUCUUCAUAGCAACCAAAAAUUGGUCGAGAAAUGACGGCUUAUGGUGCAAUGAAUUCUCUGAUAAACACAAUUGAUUAUAUUCUCAAUUCUUCUCAUUACAGCCUUGUUCACCACUCUCCACACAUCAUACAACUUGCCUACGACGAGUUGGAGGCGUGGCAUGAUAUUCUGAAGAGAUUGGACGGCACGAGCAAGAGCAAGAGCAGGAAGAAGGUGAAUGAUGUGGAUAGAAGAAUCAAGGAUUUGAUAUGGGAGUUUGAAGACUUGUUGCAAUCCAUUCUCUACAAACAGAUUCUUUCACAAGUAAAAGAUGAAGGAAUCGUGAAAGAGAUAGUAUGGAUCGAUCUCUUAUUGCGAUCCCUUCCCAAGUUUGAAAGACAACCUCGAGGAAGAAUGUACCACUGCAGAACAACCCACACAACAACAAGAGUACUGCUGAACUCACGACCUCCAAGCGACACAACACUGCUGCACUUUUUCACAAGAAUUUCAAUGAUGGAAUCUGAGGCUUCACGAUCUAGAAGCCUAGAAGGUGAUGUUGGGGGUGAGAGAAUGAGAGUCCCCAUUGAUCUUAGAGAUCUGCAAUACUAUGUUUGUUCCUUCAUCGAGAAGCUCAAGAAUAUGGAGGAGGAAUACGUUUAUGCAGUAGACAAUAUGCCUGAAGAUGAAGAUGAUGGAGACCAAUCUAUUUCCUCAGGAAGUGGGAGCAAGUCCAAGUUGAUUGGAUUAUCGGAUCAAUUCCAACAACUCAAAAGGGUGUGUAUGGGAACUGCAGGCGUUGGGAAUCGCACCGCAGUUGUUGGAACUGCAGGCGUUGGGAAGACUGCUCUUGCUAGGGCAGUUUUUGAAGAUCCAGAAAUCUCGAGCCAUUUUGAGCAUCGCGCGUGGGUUACAUUAGGCAGAAGAUCUAAGUUGGCCGAUGCUUUACGAGGCGUUCUAGCUCAAGUGUUUGGAACCGCACAAGGAGAUGACGAGUUAGGUGCCUACUUGAAAGAAAGAUUGGAGGGAAAGAAAUGCCUCAUUGUGCUCGAUGAUGUGUGGGAGAGUGAGAUAUGGGAUUCCUUGUUAGGUUUCUUAGAUGAUAAGAAUGAUGGAUCGAUUCGUAUCUUGGCUACCACUCGAGACCAACACACAACCGAUCGUGCUUAUGUAAUGUUGGUGCGGUUUUUGAACGAAGAAGAAAGUAAGGAGCUACUGUGCGACAAGGUGUUUGGUGAAAAGAUUUGCCCUAUUCGACUGGAAAAAGCCGCUACCAAAAUUGUCAAGAACUGUGAAGGUCUUCCUCUCACGAUAGUCACAGUGGCUGACAUUCUAUCAAAAUCCAAAAACAGAGACCUCAAAUACUGGGAUGAUGUAGCAGAGAUGCGAAAUUCAGUCUUCGCGGAUGCAUAUAAUGAGACAUCAAAGGUACUUUUCCCAAGUUACGACUACUUACCUCAAGAACUUAAAACGCCUUUUCUGUACCUGGGAGUUUUCCCUCCAGAUUAUGACAUCCCCAUAUCCAAGCUCAUGAAUAUGUUGGCUAUUGAAGGCUGGUUUCAUAAGAGAAACAAAACACUAGCUAUGGUCUGGUAUUGUUUGGAGGAGUUUUGUACGUAUAAGAAUCUUGCUUUAUCCAACCAAAGAAGCUUUUAUACCAAAGAUGUUGCAUAUCAAAGGCGUUGUUCGUACAGUCCUUGUAGGUAUGGGCAUCUUGCUAACUCCAACCAAAUAAGCAUUAUUCCCGAAGAUGAUUUUCUGUGGAUUAGCAAGUAUAAAACUUGUCGCCUUCAUUCUUCAUGGCGGCACGUGUGUAGAGAAGAGGCUCGGAAGGACAAGUUUUAUCAUAUCUUAAAUAAGCUUGUUGAUGGCUCAGAAGAUGGUGUAAAAGGUCAGCGUUGCUUGUGUCUUGAAAAUAACAUUUUAUUUAGCAUCAAAGACUUUUGCAACUCUGUGAGAUUGAACUGUGAAUUCUAUACUCAUUCUCUCCUUUUCUUUGGUCCAUACCACCAAUACCCAAUCCCAGUAGGUAACGACUUCAAGUUGCUUGGGAAACUAGAUGCUCUUAAUCUACGUUUCUACACUUUCCCAACAGACAUUCUUACGCUAGUCCUACUAAAAUACCUUGCUCUAACUUGCAAUGGAGAACUCCCUCCAACCAUAUCCAAACUUUUCAACCUUCGAAUCUUGAUUAUCCAUCCGCAUAACAACAUUAGGAUCUUUGGAACUCCAUCAUACGUACCGGUGCAAAUAUGGGAUAUGAAAGAGUUAGAGCAUAUUGAGAUAUUGGGGAAGAGCCUUGUAGCUCCAUCUCAUUCUGCUUCUUUGAAAAAGCUUUCAACAAUUGUAGGUGUGGAUGCCAGCAUUUUUACCAUCUUGAAACUCUCCUAUAAAGUUCCUUAUAUAAAGAAAUUAGUAGUUCAGACACCUUAUGAUGACCAUCAUGGCCUUUUAAGUUGCUUUGGUUGUAUUUCAACACUUGGAAGUUUGGAGAUACUAAAAUUUAGUAUCAUAGAUCCUGAGAUUAAGCACGAUGAUGCAUUUUCUAGUGCAUUGAUGUUUCCACGUUGGACAUUGAAAAAGUUACAUUUGAGUGGCAUGGGUUUUUCUUGGGAAUACAUGGAUGAGAUUGGCUCUUUGCCAUCUCUUGAAGUGCUCAAAUUGCGAGCCUACGCCUUUCAGGGCCCAAAGUGGGAAGCGCGAGAUGGAAGUUUUUUGAAACUUAAGUUUCUUCUGAUUGAAGACACUGAUUUGGUGCAAUGGAAACCAAGAUAUGAGAGCUUCCCUCAUCUUGCCUGCCUAAGCAUGAAACACUGCUACGAACUUGAAGAGAUCCACUGGCCGUCUCAUUAUAGGAGUGGCUCGAUUGAAUUAGUCGACUGCAAUCCUGUAGCUUUGACUUGUGCCGAGCAAUUACAACCAUGCCGGGGUACUUACCUUGAUGUUACUGCCUCUUCUUCUUUUGGCGGGAAACCCAUUACUGUCAAGUUUCGAAGGUAUGGGGCUGAGUGUAGGCGUGUGUUUGAAUAAGCGAAAAGGUCAGAAUUGUUACUUAUUUUGGAUUUGAAAAUUAUAAUUUAUAAGUUGAGUGGAUUAUGCAUGGAA